AUGGACCCGUUCUCCGGCGAGGGCGAGCUCCUCAACAUAACGACUGCAUUCUACACCCAUGCCUACCAGGAAGUCCUAGAUUUCGAUACCACAGCUCUCUCCGCUCAGAACAAAGCGGCCGCCCAGAUCCUUAAAUAUCGUGCGCAGAUUGCCCUUGGCCAGCAGUCAGCAGUCAUCUCGUCUCUGAAGAGCUCAAAAGAUCCCUCGUCACGGGCUUUGACAGCGCUUGCGAAAUUCUCCUCCGGUGAUGCUUCAGGAUUAGAAGAUGCGUCAACAUUAGCCGAUGAAGAGCCCGAAGAUGCUGUCGUGCAAUUAGUCGCAGGAACAGUGCUCGCAGCCGGCGAAGACUACGCAAAAGCCACUGAUCUGCUCUCAAAACACCAGGGAAGCCUCGAGGCUGUGGCAUUGUUAGUACAGAUUCACUUGCAGCAAAACCGGACGGACCUUGCCCUGAAGGAGGUGGCAGGCGCGAAACGAUGGGCGAAUGAUUCUUUGCUGAUCAAUCUGGCCGAAUCAUGGACGAACCUGCGAGUUGGAGGCAGCGAGAAGUACCAGUCUUCGUUCUACGUCUUCGAAGAGUUGGCGACCACACCAGGAACCACGAGCCCCACCGCGUUGGUGGGUCAGGCAGUUGCCGAGAUGCACCUUGGUCGAUGGGAGGAGGCAAACGCAGCGCUUGAACAGGCCAUGUCACUCGAAGGAGCUAGUGCUGAGAGUGUUGCCAAUGCGGCGGUCCUGGCGAGCGUGUUGGGCAAGAAAGACGAGCAGGUGCAGGAACUGUUGAAGAAGUUGGGGGGCCAGCAGAAUGAUCAUGCGUUACUAAAAGAUUUGAAGGAGAAGAGUGAGCUGUUCGAUCAAGCAGCUGGAAAAUAUAGCGCGAAGGUCGCUUCAUGA